AGAGAGAGCUAGAGAGGGAACACAAGCAGGGGGAGUGGGAGAGGGAGAAGCAGGCUUCCCGCCGAGCAGGGAGCCUGAUGCGGGGCUCGAUCCCAGGACCCUGGAAUCAUGACCUGAGCCGAAGGCAGGCGCUUAACGACUGAGCCACCCAGGCACCCCAGGGUAGUGGUUUUUAAUGAGGUUGUCCUGGUCUCUGAGGCAAGGAUUGGAAACUUGUGGGAAUGUUUUUUGGAUGCCACAAUGUUCACGGAGCUUCUAGUUAUUUAGUGGACCAGUCUCGUGGAUGUGAGGGUUUUGUAAUGUGAGGGACAUUGCUACACCUGGAAAAAUUUUUCUUGUGUCAUGCAUUUCAGUUAUUUCUUUGGAUAGUGGGUGAAACACCUGUUUAUAAUUAUUUGAGCCUAAAAACAAAAUCUGCUGCACAUAUAAAAACUGUUUUAUUCCAUUUUAGUGUAUACAGAAUUUUCUAGGACUACAACUAUCAUAUAAUUUCACAUUGUAUUAUUAGAAGCUCUAUGAUGAAUCGUUCACCGUUUGGAAAAUCACGUCACUGACAACAACACGGCUCAUGGUGUUUUAACCAACAUACACAGCUCUAUCAGUAUGCAUUUGUAGCUUCCUUGUUCAGUAUUGAAAAAAAGAAAGUUCAUGCUCCUUUAAAAUCUUUUAUGAAUAAGGAAAAGUUCUCAGCUCCUGCAAGAGAAUAUUAAUCAUUUUUCAUGUUUUCUUUAUGUCUGUGGUCUGUAAUUUGCCUUAGCAUGUUAUCUGGACUUCAGUUAAUCUUAUUUUUCCUUUUACUUAAUCAUGUGCUGGUAAGUCUGGUUUAUUGUUUCUUGUUUUAUCACUAGAUUUUAUUCUUAUGUGCACUCAACUGUCCAGUCUUUCACUUGCCUACCUUUCUUGUAAGACUGACUUCUUAUUACACCUCUUCAAUCUGGAUUUACUCACUGGAUAGUAGGGCAAGCAUUGGAGGACUUCUAUGACAUGUAAAUAUUCAUGCGUGGGAGCUCUUUAUUGAUUUUGAAAAAUAUACUGUAUAGAGGUUGGAUUUAGAAUCUAUGAGUUUCAUUUUAGGUUAGCAAAAGAGCAUUGCAAAACACUUGGUUUAAAGGUGGGGCUUUGUGCUUAAUGUUCUGGGUGGGCAUCAAGGAUGUAUCUAACUCCCGAUUAGGCUUACAGUCUUCUAGAAAGAUAGUACAUAGAAAUAACCUAUGGUUAAACUGAGAGGAUGAUGAAAUAUGCUCUAGGAUUUUAGAGGGGGGCUAGUUGGUAUGUUUGAAUGGAGGAGGAAGGCUUCUGGAAGAGGCUGAGAAAGUUCACCUGAAUGUAGAAACCUGGGAGGCUCCUUUUUGAGAAGGAGUGAGUGAUUCUUUUUCAUUUUUCCUUCCCUUCUUUUAGCUCAAGAGCUCUGUGUCUUUUCCUCUUCCUUCCUUGAAGAUACAGAAGCUACAGAUGUAAGUGAGAGGGUCAUGGGUGUGAAAUGUUGAUUUUAGGUCUUUGCCCCUCCUCUUAGAUACGAAGACAGGACCUUGAGGGCUUAGAACUGUGCGGUUGUUGCUCUUCAAGGAAAUUGUAGCUGGCAUCUCAGAACAAGGCAUGACUGGUAUUUCACUUCAGCCUAGUACGUUUUCUUAGCUCUAGUUAGAAAACAAACUUACGGAGGUGGAAAAUAUAUUCAAUAGCUCUCCAAAGUUUUUCCUUUCCUUGUUUGAUUAGGUGAGUAGGGGGAAUACUAAGAAAGGAGAAGUGAUAGUAAUGAAUUGCUAGCUUCCUUAGCUUGCCUUAGUUUACCAAAUCUCACUCUUUUUGCAACACCAUCACCACAUGUGAUUAUAUAAAGACUGCUAGAAUUUCUCUGAAGGGACCGAAAUUUUCACUUUCCCAGCCAAUCAAAGGCAAGGGUGAGUGAACUUCAGUAAUGUUUUGAUUUUGAGAAAUUCUUUUUCCUGAUACAGUGGGACAUAUACUUCAAAGUGAGUACUCCAGAUUUAAUUCAAAUGCCACAUUGAAAUAGCUCAGAAAAUUGUGUGAUGCAGAGUUCUGGGGUGACCAUGUUUUGUAUAUUGCAACCUUUUGGAGUUGGAUCGUCGUAUCAGAAUUAUUUUAUUUCAUUAAAAUCUGUCUUUAGGUUCUAUAUUUUCUUUUCAUUUACUACAGACAUUUACAACUAGAAAAUAGGUCAGAGCUCCUUCAGAAGGCAUUUAUUUAAUUUUCCCUCAUCCAGAGGCACACGUCUGCUCCUUGGUCCUAUGUUUUAAUUGCUAACCUCCAGAGGAAGAGAAUCAUCCGAGCCAGGGCCCCAAGUUGUGGAAGUUUCUAUAUCCGGUAAACUGGCUCCAUUCCAGGGCAGAAAAUUUAUCAACAAAUGAAACACCAGCUACUUCCCACACGUCCUCUGAUUGCAUUAAAAAAAUCACUCCCCUUCCCACCCAGCUGAGAGUGUACUUAGAGUAUGGAGCUGACAGACGUUCUCUCUCUUCCUCCUCCUCAUUUUGUAAAAUAGCUGGUUUCUGUAGUCUGUUAGGCUUCUUAUUAAUAGUAAUAAAAUGUUCAUUCAUUAACUGUCUCAUGCCUACGAACUAGAUAUUGUCACUCUCUUUCCCCUCAAGUUAGACUGUUUUUAUAAAGUCGUGCUGUAGCAGAGAAGUGAGCUUGAAAACUGAUUUGGGGUCUGUAGCAUCAGGUACUACUUAACCAGUGGGAGGGACUGAUAAAAUUAGCAAGUUGACUAACCACUUCCCUUCCUUGUGGCUCUUUAAUAUUAUAACGGAUACAGAAAAGUUCAGAAGGACUGGGCUAGUUUUCGAAACCACAGCACACAUUGGCAAAGAGGGAAUGUACAACAGAACGGAUGGGGUGGCUGGACGAGAGCAGCUCUUGGCUCAGCAGAGAAUGCACAGUAUGAUCAGCUCAGUGGAUGUGAAGUCAGAAGUUCCUGUGGGCCUAGAGCCCAUCUCACCUUUAGACCUAAGGACAGACCUCAGGAUGAUGAUGCCCGUGGUGGAUCCUGUUGUCCGCGAGAAGCAACUACAGCAAGAAUUACUCCUCAUCCAGCAACAGCAGCAAAUCCAGAAGCAGCUCCUGAUUGCCGAGUUUCAGAAACAGCAUGAAAACUUGACACGACAGCACCAGGCUCAGCUCCAGGAGCACAUCAAGUUGCAACAGGAACUCCUAGCCAUCAAACAGCAGCAAGAACUCCUAGAGAAGGAGCAGAAACUGGAGCAGCAGAGGCAAGAACAGGAAGUAGAGAGGCACCGCAGAGACCAGCCGCUUCCUCCCCUCAGAGGCAAAGAUAGAGGACGAGAAAGGGCAGUGGCAAGUACAGAAGUAAAACAGAAGCUUCAAGAAUUCCUAUUGAGUAAAUCAGCAACAAAAGACACUCCAACAAAUGGAAAAAAUCAUUCCGUGAGCCGCCAUCCCAAGCUCUGGUACACGGCUGCCCACCACACGUCACUGGAUCAAAGCUCUCCACCCCUGAGUGGAACAUCUCCAUCCUACAAAUACACAUUACCAGGAGCACAGGAUGCGAAGGAUGAUUUCCCCCUUCGAAAAACUGCCUCUGAGCCCAACUUGAAGGUGCGGUCCAGGUUAAAACAGAAAGUGGCAGAGAGGAGAAGCAGCCCCUUACUCAGGCGGAAGGAUGGAAAUGUUGUCACUUCAUUCAAGAAGCGAAUGUUUGAGGUGACAGAAUCCUCGGUCAGUAGCAGCUCCCCAGGGUCUGGCCCCAGCUCACCAAACAAUGGGCCAACUGGAAACGUUACUGAAAAUGACACCUCAGUUUUGCCCCCUACUCCUCAUGCUGAGCAAAUGGUGUCCCAGCAACGCAUUCUAAUUCAUGAAGAUUCCAUGAACCUGCUCAGUCUUUAUACCUCUCCCUCUUUGCCCAACAUAACCUUGGGGCUUCCGGCGGUGCCCACGCAGCUCAACGCUUCGAAUUCACUCAAAGAAAAACAGAAGUGUGAGACCCAGACGCUCCGACAAGGCGUCCCUCUGCCUGGGCAGUACACGGGCAGCAUCCCAGCAUCUUCAAGCCAUCCCCAUGUGGCUUUAGAGGGAAAGCCCAACAGCAGCCACCAGGCGCUCCUGCAGCAUCUAUUAUUGAAAGAACAAAUGCGACAGCAGAAGCUUCUUGUGGCUGGUGGAGUUCCCUUACAUCCUCAGUCUCCGUUGGCAGCAAAGGAGAGAAUUUCACCUGGCAUUAGAGGUACCCACAAAUUACCCCGGCACAGACCCCUGAAUCGAACCCAGUCUGCACCUCUGCCUCAGAGCACGUUGGCUCAGCUGGUCAUUCAGCAGCAACACCAGCAAUUCUUGGAGAAGCAGAAGCAAUACCAGCAGCAGAUCCACAUGAACAAACUGCUUUCGAAAUCUAUUGAACAACUGAAGCAACCAGGCAGUCACCUGGAGGAAGCAGAGGAAGAGCUUCAGGGGGACCAGGCGAUGCAGGAAGACAGAGCGCCCUCUAGUGGCAACAGCACUAGGAGCGACAGCAGUGCUUGUGUGGAUGACACACUGGGACAAGUUGGGGCAGUGAAGGUCAAGGAGGAGCCGGUGGACAGUGAUGAAGAUGCUCAGAUCCAGGAAAUGGAAUCUGGGGAGCAGGCUGCUUUUAUGCAACAGCCCUUCCUGGAGCCCCAGCACACACGUGCGCUGUCAGUGCGCCAAGCUCAGCUGGCUGUGGUUGGCAUGGAUGGAUUAGAGAAACAUCGUCUUGUCUCCAGGACUCAUUCCUCCCCUGCUGCCUCCAUUUUACCUCAUCCAGCAAUGGACUGCCCCCUCCAGCCUGGCUCUGCAACUGGAAUUGCCUACGACCCUCUGAUGCUGAAACACCAGUGCGUUUGUGGCAAUUCCACCACCCACCCUGAGCAUGCUGGACGAAUACAGAGCAUCUGGUCACGACUGCAAGAAACUGGGCUGCUAAAUAAAUGUGAGCGAAUUCAAGGUCGAAAAGCCAGCCUGGAGGAAAUACAGCUUGUUCAUUCUGAACAUCACUCACUGUUGUAUGGCACCAACCCCCUGGAUGGACAGAAGCUGGACCCCAGGACACUCCUAGGUGAUGUCUCUCAAAAGUUUUUUUCUUCAUUACCUUGUGGUGGACUUGGGGUGGACAGUGACACCAUUUGGAAUGAGCUGCACUCGUCCGGUGCUGCACGCAUGGCUGUUGGCUGUGUCAUCGAGCUGGCUUCCAAAGUGGCCUCAGGAGAGCUGAAGAAUGGGUUUGCUGUUGUCAGGCCUCCAGGCCAUCAUGCUGAAGAAUCCACAGCCAUGGGGUUCUGCUUUUUUAAUUCAGUUGCAAUUACCGCCAAAUACUUGAGAGACCAACUAAAUAUAAGCAAGAUAUUGAUUGUAGAUCUGGAUGUUCACCAUGGAAAUGGUACACAGCAGGCCUUUUAUGCUGACCCCAGCAUCCUGUAUAUUUCACUCCAUCGCUAUGAUGAAGGGAACUUUUUCCCUGGCAGUGGAGCCCCAAAUGAGGUUGGAACAGGCCUUGGAGAAGGAUACAAUAUAAAUAUUGCCUGGACAGGUGGCCUUGAUCCCCCGAUGGGAGAUAUAGAGUACCUUGAAGCAUUCAGGACUGUAGUGACGCCUGUGGCCAAAGAGUUUGAUCCAGACAUGGUCCUAGUUUCUGCUGGAUUUGAUGCAUUAGAAGGCCAUGCCCCUCCUCUGGGGGGGUACAAAGUGACAGCAAAAUGCUUUGGUCAUUUGACGAAGCAGUUGAUGACAUUGGCUGAUGGACACGUGGUGUUGGCUCUAGAAGGAGGACAUGAUCUCACAGCCAUCUGUGAUGCAUCAGAAGCCUGCGUAAAUGCCCUCCUAGGAAAUGAGCUGGAGCCACUUGCCGAAGAUAUUCUCCACCAAACCCCGAAUAUGAAUGCUGUUGUUUCUUUACAGAAGAUCAUUGAAAUUCAAAGCAAGUACUGGAAGUCAGUAAGGAUGGUGGCUCUGCCAAGGGGUUGUGCUUUGGCUGGGACUCAGUUGCAGGAGGAGACCGAGACUGUUUCUGCCCUGGCCUCCCUGACGGUAGAUGUAGAACAGCCCUUUGCUUCAGAAGAUAGCAGAACUGCUGGUGAGCCUAUGGAAGAGGAGCCAGCCUUGUGAAGUGCCAAGCCCCCCACCCCCAUAUUUCCUGUGUGUGACAUCAUUGUGUAUCCCCCCCACCCAGCACCCUCAGACAUGUCUUGUCUGCUGCCUGGGUGGCACAGAUUCGGUGUAACAUAAACACUGGGCACAAAAUUCUGAACAGCAGCUUCACUUGUUCUUUGGAUGGACUUGAAAGGGCAUUAAAGAUUCCUAAAACGGAACUGCUGUGAUUUUAAAGUUACAGUAAAUCACGAUUGGAAGAAACUGCUUCCAGCAUACUUUUAAUAUGCUGGGUGACCCACUCCCAGGCCCAAAGUAUGAACUAAUAACAUCCAGUACAGCAUUAGAUACUAUUAAUUAUUAUGGAUGCUAUGACAGCCAGUGAAAUUUUGGGCAAAACCUGAGAAAUACUCAUUCCUGACAUUCUGAUCAGUUUCUUGUUGGGUAAUUUUUGUUAGUCUUAAAUUGUUUAUAGGAUUUGCUUUCAACUAUGAACCGAUAGCAGUUCCCGACAUAUUGCAGGGGUUGUUUUGUUGUUUUGUUUUGUUUGUUUUUUGGCCUUUGUUUUAACACAUUGUUCAACUCUUGCUAGUAAGAGUUCAAGAUGGAGGAACUGGGAUGAGGCUUUUUUCAAUAGAAUAAACCAUGCUAUAUCUCAAAGUCCAAAUGCCAAAGGAACCUCAUACUGUAUGUAAUGGUGCAAUAUUUUAUGUCACAGUUUUUGAAAAAAAUAACCCUAUU